AUGGCUGGUUGUGUGCGCUACCCCUCGUUCACGUUCGCAAAACACGUCUAUACUCUCGCAGUCCUGCACGUGCGUGGUUAUAGCAUAUUACCUGGCGAAUCAAAGAGUGAUGAGAUCUCCUUUAGUUGCCAUGGUAACGUCUAUCAGUACACGCCAUCCGUGUUCCGCAUUGCUCGCGAGACCGCAAACUCCCUCCAGCGCUUAACCCUUAACCCUACGACCACGACCUACGCUUCAUCUGCAACCAAGGACGGCACCCUGAGCGACGAUGGGGGUAGGGUUGCCUCGAGUUUUGCAGCGAGUGAGUGGCUACCAGGAGACCGAGGCUCGCACACCGAACAAGACAUGUCACAGAAAACGAUGCCCAUGCGGUCGCACUCGUCGCUCAACGUGCGCGAUGUGACCAAGAACGGUCAUGGUAGGAGGGACACAGGGGCCAAUGAUGAACAAAAUCAGCGUAGGGUGUCGGGCAAGGCAGCAGAGGUGAAGAUAACAGUCUACGAGAACCAACGUAGUGGGCUGUUUGGAGCGUACAGCACCAUGUGGCUGGUGCCUGGCAUGGACAAGCGAGGGCAAUGGUCGCUUAAGGACGGCACACAGUCAAUAGCCCUGGACCAGCAGAAACUCUCUCCAGGUUGGGAAUGGACUGGUGACUGGACAUACAAUAAGAACCCUGAGAAGUACGAUAGCGAGGGCUGGCAAUACGCCUUCAGCUUCUGGACGAGCACAUGGUUCAAUCGACCCAAGGCUGCCAGUUAUGUGCGAAGGCGUAAGUGGACACGGGUCAGGCGGAUGAUCUUGUCGUCAUACGAUAGCUCUAAGGAUAUCGGUUCGAACGGCCUGUCGCGUUAUGCAUCGCAGAUUGAUGUAGCCUCAAAGUCUGACCGUGGUAUGCUUGCACGGUCGUCGGUUAAACCAUCGAGCAGCAUCAACCUCCGUAGUAGAGAGCCUCAGGCUGGUACAUUCGCGCCGGUCGCCCCAACCCAGCCCUCUCGCGUCGUUGUGGUGCACAUAGACUGGACACACUGUGUGCUGCUGAUGCUGGCCGUGCUGUUUACUGUGGUGAGCCUCGUCGCUCAGCUGGAAAUGUCCCGUACCUGGAGUACAGCUGUGCCGUCUAUGAGCUAUUAUACCAUCAGAGCUGUCCACUUUGCGUCGGAAUGGACCGGUGCUAAUAGUCGGUGA